CCUGAUAUUAGAGCUAUAACAUAGCAGGUACACCACUAAAAUUCAAGGGGAAUUGCGGGGGACCCAGAAAACAGCAAACGCGAUGACGUUAACGUCCGCAUGCUAAUCCUACACAACAACUCAACUGCCGACACCCGGAACAUGAAAAGAUGACGGACGGCACGUCUAGCCAACCGCAGGAAAUGCCGCCGCAGAAAUCGCUGCGGGCUUUUCUAUCGACAGCCCGCGCGGCGCUCACGGCUCCGCCGUCGAAGCGUCCCGCGCCGCUGCAUUUUGUUGUUGGGAAUGAGGCUGCCGACCUUGAUUCUUUGUGCUCGACGCUCCUCCUCGCGUACUUCCGCAGCUGCGCGCCGCCGCACGUGACGCAUGUGCCGCUGUGCCAUCUCCCGCGCGCGGAUCUCGCGCUGAGGCCUGAGUUCGACGCUGUGCUUGGGCGCGCUGGGGUUGGUGGGGAGGAUGUGCUUACGUUGAGUGAGCUGCCGAAGGGUAUAAGGCCCGAGGACACGAGGUGGUUGCUCGUAGACCACAAUGUGUUGACGGGAAGGCUUGGGAAGGAGUUCGGCGAUAGGGUGGUUGGGUGCGUGGACCAUCAUGACGAUGAGGGGGUCGUGCCGAAAGAUGCGGAUCCGAGGGUUAUUGAGAAAGCGGGGAGUUGUAUGAGUUUGGUCGUCGAGCAGUGUCGCGAGACGUGGGAUGCGUUGACGAAGGGAAAGGGAGAUGGGAAAGGGGAAGGCAAGGGAGAUCUGACGAAGAAGGCGGAGAUUAAUCGACAGCUGGCGUACCUGGCUCUCGCGCCGAUCCUAAUCGAUACGGCGAAUCUGGGGAACAAGGACAAGACGACGGCGCACGACGAGCGCGCGGUCGAGAUCGCCGAGGGCUACAUUGUACCAUCUACUUCCAACGCCGCCACUACGAGUUCCGCCGACGUUUACGACCGUGCCAAGUUCUUCGCCGAAGUAUCUGCCCUUAAGGAGGACAUUUCGCAGAUGUCGGCCCGCGACGUCCUGCGCAAGGACUAUAAGGCGUGGACCGAGGGAGCCCUGAAGCUGGGCACCUCGUCCGUGCCGCAGUCCUUUGCGACUCUGAUCAAGCAGGCUGGCGGCGAGAGCGCGCUGUUGGCGGAGUUAGAUCGGUGGAUUGACGAGAACGGGUUGGAUGUUAUGGUCGUGUUGACGACGUCCAAGGAUGACGAGGGAAAGUUUACUAGGGAAUUGAUGGUCUGGACCAGGGGUUUGCCGCAUGUCGUGAGCGCGGUGAAGGGGUUUAUAGAAGACGAGGGGAAGGCGGAACUGGGACUGCAAGCUUGGGGAGAGGGGAAGCUGGAUAUGGAGGAUGGGGAGGGGAAUUGGAGGAGGUGCUGGAGACAAGAGAGGGUGGAAUUUAGUAGGAAGAAGAUCGCGCCUAUGUUGAGGGAUGCGUUGAAAAAGGUGUAAUGGGCUGUGAUGGCGGGCCUUUAAGGAGAAAUCAUCGUUCAAUAAACGCGUCACCUCAUCAAACUAUAUCAGCGGACGUUCAAUAGACA